AUGCAAUCAACGCCGAUGCUGAGGUCCUUUAGUUCGGAUUCCGCACACAAGAGGGACUGGAAGCAGCGGUUAAGUUUGAGGGAUAAUCGCCGAAGAGACACAGAAUCGACGUCCAGUCGCAAAGGAUGCACUCGCAAAUGGACCAGCCUAAAGACAGCGCCGAAACUCAGCGGGGGCGAUUUUCCGGACACGAACACCAGCUGCUCUCUGUCGACGCCUUCCUCGACGGCCAACACCAGUCCCCUGCCGGCGUCCAGCAGCGCCGCGGAGGGGACGCGGAAGAGUAAUUGGCAGGUCAUUGAACACUUCGGCUCCAAGGAAAAGGGCAGUUUAUCCUCAAGUUUAAUCGCUGUUGGCACCAUUCCAAGGACGCGAGAGAAUGGCUCCGCUCCGAACUCCAGUCCAGAUCUUGAAGGUCACGAGGUCGAGGCUGAACUCCUUAUGUCACCUAGCCAGGUCCGGCAGCAGAACGGAAUAUUCGUCAAGAUCAGAAGGCUACUCAAGAAAAUUUGCAGUACUCAUCAGUUCAAAAACGAACAGGUUGAAAUGCUCUACCAAAGAUAUUUCCUCAAGAUGAACCAAAGCAACAUGACCAACUUGAUAACGUUACUCCUCUUGUUGUGCGUUUGCCUAUUGGUGAUCUCUUUGACGGACUUCGUGAUGCCUCGCCCGAUGGAUGAAGGCAUCUUGGGGCCAGAAUCGAUGAGAUACGAUAAAUUGGUGGUCCUUAUGUGUACGGCGGGGUGUUGUAUAGCUAUUUAUGGAGUGUUACUCAAUAUUGUAUCAAGACCUGCAAUGAAUGAAGUUUACCUCAUCAUUAUAUCCUACUUCAUACUAGUCACUUUCGUUACCAUGGAGAUAUGUAUUUCAUUCUACUUUGAAGAGACUCGGCCACUUCUGGGACCUAUUUAUGCUUUAGCAUGUACCUAUCUGACUUAUUCUCUAAUGCCAAACAGACUCAAAGAUGCUCUGCUAUCUGGAACAAUUCUGGCCUUAGCGGAACUUUUUCUGUUAGUUUACGUUGGGAAAAUGGCUGGAUUUCCAGAGGUCAUCAGCUGCUUUAUUAUCCUUCUAUGUGGCAAUAUCGCAGGAGUAUGUACUCACUAUCCUAGGGAAGUAGCCCAAAGAAAAGCGUUUUUAGAAACUAGACAGUGCAUCGAGGCUAGGUUGAAAAUGCAGAGGGAAAAUCAACAGCAGGAACGCCUGCUACUGUCAGUGUUGCCGCGUCACGUUGCCAUGGAAAUGAAAGCUGACAUUGCCGGACAACCGAAGCAAGAACAGUUUCACAAAAUUUACAUACAGAAACAUGAAAACGUGAGCAUCCUCUUCGCCGACAUAUGUGGGUUUACAACCCUUUCUGAUCAGUGCACGGCAGAGGAACUCGUUCGAAUACUAAACGAAUUGUUUGCUAGAUUCGAUCGCCUGGCUGCCGAACAUCACUGUCUAAGAAUAAAACUUCUCGGCGACUGUUACUACUGCGUAUCAGGUUUACCAGAAGCUAGACCUGACCACGCGCACUGCACUGUAGAAAUGGGAUUGGAUAUGAUCGAUGCCAUAGCUUUGGUUAGAGGCGUAAUGAAUGUAAACGUCAACAUGAGAGUGGGGAUACACACAGGACGAGUUCACUGUGGUGUCUUGGGUCUUCGAAAAUGGCAGUUUGAUGUUUGGUCCAAUGACGUGACGUUAGCAAAUUAUAUGGAAAGUGGGGGCAUUCCAGGGAGAGUACACAUCACACAAGAAACUUUGAAAUGUCUCGGUAGUGACUACGUUGUAGAACCGGGAAAUGGCGGUGAAAGGAAUUCAUAUCUAAAGGAUAACAAUAUAGAUACAUAUUUGAUUGUGGCGCCAUCUUAUAGAGGGGAUACUAUCGUCCCAUACCAAAGCCAUCCGAUGAAUGGCAACAUUGCAAAAGAAAUGAGAAUAAUGGGACAUGGAUCUCAACACGGACAUGGUUCAAAACUUGGUUUUGGUGAGCCAGUGGAACGAGAAAAGAAUCCCGAAGACGAAGUCAAUGAGUACCUGAUGAAAGCUAUAGACGCCAGAAGUAUUGAUAGGUUAAGGACGGAACAUUGUCGCACAUUUUUACUUAAUUUUAGAGACCCCACCAAAGAGGCCAAGUACCUAUUAGAAAAGGACAGAAUGCUCACUAUGUAUUUUUUUUGUUCAACGUUGUGUUUUGUCACAAUUAUUUUAGUACAAUUAGCGGUAUUCAGAAGAAAUGGUACCGCCUUGCUGUGUUCAGUUCCUAUUUUUUGUCUUCUAGUUUGCAUCCCAAUGUUAGUAUAUAUGGAUAGUAUUAAGCAAAGGAGAGGAUUCUCCAGUUUAUUUUUAGUUUCGAGGACCAUUCACAAAAACAGGAAUGUCGCUCAAAUAUUUUGUUUCAUAAUGGCGGCUUGUAUUUAUGCGUUAGUUAUGUUCCAAACGUUUUCUCUAUCAUUGGAGAUCCAGUGUCUAAAUUCCACAUUCGACGGGUACAACUGUACAAGUCAUUUAUUAAAUUAUACAAACGAACAAAAAGGCUGUAAACACUAUUAUUUAAUAGAUUAUCUGUUGCUGCUUGUCAUGGUAUCCAUGAUAGCGUGCGCUGUCUAUCAAAUUCUAAUCUCGCUUCUGAAGACAGUCAUCUUAUUAGGAGGGAUGGCGGGUUUUCUGGCGUCGUACGUAAUCUACAACAAAGGCGUUCACUCGAUUACCUGUCUCUACAAAUCCAGUGAAUUGUCCUACACUCAUCAGUACUUGAAUGUUAUAGUAUUAGCAGGUUUUGUGAUAGCUCUGAUUUUACACGGUCAACAAACUGAAGCGACUUAUAGACUAGAUUUUGUAUGGAAGCUCCAAGCAACAGAGGAAAAGGAAGAUAUGGAGCACUUGGAAGCUUAUAAUAGGAAGCUGCUUGCUAAUAUACUUCCCGUUCACGUAGCCGAGCAUUUUCUCAAUAGUGAGAAAAAUAAUGACGAACUAUAUCACGAACAAUGCGAUUUCGUGUGCAUAAUGUUCGCCUCAAUUCCCAAUUUUUCCGAAUUUUACGUAGAACUAGAAGCCAACAACGAAGGGGUGGAAUGUCUGAGGCUCCUCAAUGAGAUCAUAGCCGAUUUCGAUGAAUUACUAUCCCAGGAUCAAUUCAAAUACAUCGAAAAAAUCAAGAGUACGGGUGCCACUUACAUGGCAGCGUCAGGUUUAACCCAAAGCACAUGUGAUAUGCUAGAUUACAAGCACGUAACAGCCAUGGCAGACUACGCUUUGAGGUUAAAGGAACUGCUCGAAGAAGUCAACGAACAUUCCUUCAACCAUUUUCGAAUCAGAAUAGGCAUCAACGUAGGACCAGUAGUAGCAGGGGUGAUAGGCGCUAGAAAACCUCAAUACGAUAUUUGGGGAAAUGCAGUGAACGUUGCUAGCAGGAUGGAUAGUACAGGGAUACAGGAUAAGAUACAAAUAACGAAAGAAGUGAACCAGAUCCUCCAAGCCAGAGGCUACCCGACCAGAUGUCGCGGUACCAUCAAAGUCAAAGGUAAAGGUACCAUGGAAACGUUUUUCCUCGAAGGAUCAGCAAAUUCUCGGCCCAAUAUCACUGUAAACCCUUUAGCCAGUUUCGGAUCGGAAGACAAACCAGAUAAACCCGUGACCACUACCUUAGGAACUAUAUCUGAGAAAAAUUAA